AUGUUACAACGAAUUAGAGAGGUUGUUUCGUUGGCUAAUAAUCCUGCUACCGAUGCAGUGACUAAAAAACAGGCGUUGGAUUACCUUGAACAGAUGAAGUCUGAUCCAAAUGCAAUUCAGAUUUUUUGUUCCAUGUUGACUGACUCAGGUUCAGAUGAUUUAUGUAUAUUUGUAUCUUUGCAGAUUCUUUGUGAUCUAGUUGCAAUGAAUACUUCAGUCGAUUUAUUGUUUGUUAAGAAUUCGAUAGUGGAAUUCCUUCGAGGUAAAAUUAACCGCAAUAUUAAAGAUGCUGAAUUUUUAAGAAAUAAAAUAUCUGAACUAAUUACAAGAUUAUUUAUUAACAUGUACGGAGAGGUUAAUGGGAACCAAUGGAAUACUUUUUAUAAAGACUUGAUAGCAUUAUUGUCCAUUGAUUCUCUCCUAACUGGUCCUAGCGAGCAUUUUUCUCCAUUGGGUUUAGAUUAUUUUGCAAGAAUUUGUAUUCAAAUAAACUCAGAAGUUGCUGAUCAAACUUUUUUGAGAUCAAAAGACGAACAAACUAAAAAUAAUAAUUUAAAGGAUACCAUGAGGUUAGAGGACGUUCAAACUUUGGUCACCAUAUGGUUUAACUGUUUGAAAAGUUUGAUUAUUCAACAGCAAAAUUUUGAAUUAGCUGUAAUUAUAUUAUCUUGCAUAGGUGCAUUCAUUUCUUGGGUUGACAUAACAUUGAUUGUCAACCCAGAAUACAUCAACAUUAUUUAUGGUUAUUUGGACUAUUCUGAUACUAAAAUUGCAUGUUCUCAAUGUUUAUGUGAAAUUAUUUCAAAAAAAAUGAAGCCAGUAGAUAAAUUAACCCUUUUAAGCAUGUUAAAUUUAACUGAUAAAGUUGCUUCAAUUGGUGAAGAUGAUAUAGAUGUUUAUGAAAAAUUGGCUAAGCUAGCAUCUUCUGUUGGUCUAGAAUUGUCUAUUAUUUUAGAACAAUGUAAUGAAGGAGUUCAAUCUAAUGAAACACUGGAAGUAGCAAACGCUGCCGACCAACAGGUCUUGAAUCAAGUAGCACCUUUGGUUUUGAAAUUUAUGAGCCAUGAAUACGAUUCAGUUACUGAACAAUGUUUCCCAUUUAUUUCACAAUACUUGGCUAUAUUGAAAAAAUUAUUUGCAAUCGGUGGUAAACCAGGUACUGCAGUUGCUAUAAAUUCUAAAAGACAGCCACUGGAUGAGGCUCAUCAAAAUUUUUUGGUAUCCUUAUUAAAUGUUUGUUUUGAAAAAAUGAAAAUAGAUGAUUCCAGUGAAAGCAACAGUGAAGAAGCUAUUGAAGAAUUCAACGAUAUUGUAAGAUCCAAACUAAAAGUUUUCCAAGAUAGUAUUGCAGUUAUCAACCCUAAUAUCUAUUUAGAAAAUAUAUCUAAUCAUAUUCAGGUAUCUUUGGCUGGUACUGAUUGGACUGUCCUGGAAUUAGCAAUUUUUCAAAUGCAUAACUUAUGUGAAAGUAUUCGUAAUAACUUAUUUGGGUUAAAUAAAACUGAAAUAUCUACAUCUGCUGCCACUCAAUUGAUGCAUAAAUUCAUGGCUUUGUUAUUACAAAAUUCAAAUCUUUUCCAAAUGGAUAACAGAUAUGUACAAAUUUUAUUUUUUGAACUAGUUGUAAGACAUUACACUUUUUUGGGUUCUGAUACUAAAGAUGCCGUUUCACUAUUGAAUAUUUUUUGUAGUGAGUUUGGUAUGUUCAAUAAAAGCGAAAAAGUUAUAUUGAGAACCUGGUAUUUGUUUACAAGAUUUGUUAAGAUUUCCAAGCCACAUUUGUCAGUUUCAGUUUUGUCACAACUUGUAAGUAAAGUCAUGCCAUUGCUAGUGAUCAAAACUGUCACACCAAGUGUAGAUGGCUCGGAAGACUGCGAUACCACAUUUGAUAGUCAACUUUACAUUUUUGAAGGUGUUGGUAUGUUGAUUGGUGCCAAUGCUGAUAAUACCUACGAUAUUUUGGACCAAGUUCUAACUCCUUUAUUCACAGAUUUAGAACGUUGUAUUUCAUUACAAUCUCAAAGUCCUAGUAUAGUUUUACAAUCACAUCAUAUCCUGAUGGCAAUUGGUACAUUGGCAAGAGGUACCCAUAUGGGUUUAGUUCCAGAAAAUCAAGUUAAUAAUGCAUUAGUUAAUGAAAAGUUAAUUCACAGAACCUUGAUAGAAAAAUUUUCAAAUAUUGCUGAAGUUGUAUUGGUCACAUUUUCAUAUUUUAAUAAGCAUGAAACCAUAAGAGAUGCUUCAAGAUUCACAUUUGCUAGAUUAAUACCAAUAUUAAAUGGAGGCAUAGUAACAUUUGCUAGUAAGUUGGUAGUAUUGUUUUUAGAAUCAGAUUUGAAGACAAUGGAAAUGAAUGAUUUCCUAGGGUUCUUGGGGCAAAUGGUUCACACAUUCCAUGGUGAUGAGAAUUUUUAUGAUCUAUUUGAUAAUUUAUUAACACCUGUAAUCAACAAGCUGCAUAUUUUAUUAGAUCAUUUGGAGAGCGAAAGUAAUGAAUCAAAUUGGUAUGGAGAACAAAAUGGUAGAGAAAAUAAUGGCAAUGACGUAUCUGGUGCCCGUACUAGCAAGACAGUUGUUGUGACUGAUUCUUACAGAGAUAAAAUACUAUUAAAAAAGGCAUAUUAUGGAUUCUUGCAAUCAUUUGUAACAAAUAAUGUAACAUCAUUAUUAUUAUCAAAUAGAAAUAGAAGCAUUCUUCCUACAAUUUUAGGAGACUUGUUGAGUUACAAUCCACAAGAAAUUCAAGAAACAUCAACCAUGAAAUUAGCAUUAAACGUUUUGGUAAAUUUUAUUAAAUUUUUUGGUUCGGGUGGUUGUACAGACGUUAAUGAUGUUCAUGCAAGUAGUAUUGGUAAAUUAGAUGGUCUUAAUGAGUAUUUUAUCACGAGAACAAUUCCGUUAGCGUUUGAAAUACCUUUCAAACCGCAAUACAAAUUCAAUAUCAACGAUGGUAGUUGUAGAGUAAUUGCAUGCGAUUUGUCAAGAGUCUUAAAGGAAAUGUAUAUUCAAAGCGGAGGAGGACAAGAUGUUAAUAGCAACCCAGCGUUGAAAUAUUUAACUGAAGUCUAUUUCCCUCAGAUCCAACUUCCCUCAGAACUAGGUAUGGAAUUGAUCCAAAUGCUGAUUACCCAGGAUACAAAGGCAUUUGAAAAGUAUUACGUCACCUUGAUCAAUAGAUUGACAUCAUAA